GUUACGGCUUUGUUAACUUUGUUAACCCUAAUGAUGCAGAGAGGGCUAUCAGUACCCUCAAUGGCCUGAGGCUACAGUCUAAAACUAUCAAGGUAAUGUGCAACAGGUGCUCUUUAUUUUCUCUUAUGUUCCUGGACAGUAGAGGCUGUUGUUGCUUUCUCUCCUGCAAACUGUGACGGUUGAAGGUAUUUUUUAAAACACUGCUGUUUGUUUCUCUGACUUAUUAUUCUAACCCUGUAUUUUUUAUAUCGGCACAUGUUGACACUGAAUCUGUGAAUUUCUUCAGUUCAGUGUGACAAUGUGCAAGUUUUCUUUGCAUAAAUUUAUGGUUUUAUUUUGACAAAAGUGCCUAAUGAUCUUUUUGGAUGCUUUCUUUUUGUCUUUUUGUUUGUAUUGGAUUUGGGAGAAAUCUGGAUUAAUGUUUUUAUUUAUUUUUGUUUUUAUAUUGAAUAUAGACGUAUUUAAAAUAUCUCUGGAUUUUAUUUAAAGACUGGAUGUAACUGUAUUUAUUGUUGUCCAGUGUUUUUUAUUUGAUUCUUUAUUCUCUCGUUGUGAAGACGACAGACUGAAACACUUCCUGUUUCCUCACUGCAGGUUUCGUUUGCGCGUCCGAGUUCCGACAUGAUCAAAGAUGCUAACUUGUACAUUAGCGGCCUGCCGAGGACGCUGAGUCAGCAGGACUUGGAAGACAUGUUCACUCGCUUUGGACACAUCAUCAACUCCAGAGUGCUGGUGGACCAGGCCUCCGGUAACGAGCUCGGUCUGUCAAGGGGCGUGGCCUUCAUCCGCUUCGAUAAGAGGUCUGAGGCCGAGGACGCCGUCAAACACCUGAAUGGACACACCCCCCCGGGAAGCUCGGAGCCAAUCACAGUCAAGUUCGCCGCCAACCCCAAUCAGGCCAGGAACUCUCAGAUGAUGUCACAGAUGUACCACGGCCAAUCACGGCGCUUCGGAGGUCCGGUGCAUCACCAGGCCCAGAGGUUCAGGUUUUCUCCGAUGAGCGUGGACCACAUGGGCGGAGGAGGUGGAGUCUCUGGCAGCCCUUCUGGUGGUUGGUGUAUCUUCAUCUAUAAUCUGGGUCAGGAUGCAGACGAGGCCAUCCUGUGGCAGAUGUUCGGGCCAUUCGGCGCCGUCGUCAACGUGAAAGUGAUCCGAGAUUUCAACACCAACAAGUGCAAAGGCUUCGGGUUCGUCACCAUGACGAACUACGAGGAGGCUGCCAUGGCGAUCCACAGCCUGAACGGGUACCGACUGGGAGAUAAAGUCCUGCAGGUGUCUUUCAAGACCAGUAAGGGACACAAGUAGAGGGGGGGGGGGGGGCAAUUUCCACGUUUUUUUGUGUCGAUGUGAAUUCAUUUUUCUUUUCUCCUCGCAUGCCCUUUUUUUUUCAGGCUGUAUGACAUCACUUGUUUCUGUAAAAUGUGGACGUUGUUUCACUGAAUAUUGUGAGUAUUGAUCCAAGAUGGCGGAGAGUGAGUGUGGUUACCAAUGUAACCCCAGUUGUUAAUGAUGUUCUGCUUUGGUAACUGAAUGAAUCCAAACAGAAAACAUGCAGACGGUUCUGUAACGUAGUCAACAAGAGAAACUUGAAACGCUUUUUUUAAUGUUAGUCCUCCACCCUGCAGACAUCGUGUUAGAAUAACAUCUAGAUUAUUAAGGUUCAUCAGACAGAUUGAAAUGAUGUUUACAACAUGUUAUUGUUUUAAUAUUUAAAAAUGAGUCGCCUGUCAGCUGAUUGACAGCUCUCUCGGCCAAUAAGCAUGCAGGAGAGGAGUCCUGGUCACACACAGUUUGUUGUGUUUGAACAAACUUUUUUUUUUUUUUUUUUUCACAUUUUUACAAAAUGCUUCCAGGUUAAAAAAACACCUGAAGUACUGAAACUGUUCACAUGUGUAGUUUUCUCUUUGGUAUUUUCAUUUGUAUUCUGUUUAAGGAUUGCAGCUCUAUUGUGAUGUUGGACUGUUUAUUCACAAAUAAAACUACUCGUAUACAA